AGAAACGACGUUCGGCGUCGGUCGCGCGCGCAUUUUUGUCCUACACAACUUUACGUUCCUUUAUUCGAAUAUUUCUCAAUUAAAGUCGACCAUUAUUCAAAUAACCGCUGUAAUUUGUCAUCUGUCACGAAAAGAAUAAAUAGAUUAGAGUUAAAAGUUAGCGGUGAAACAUUCCAAGUUUAAUUUAAUUUACGCGAAGGCUGAUACGUCUGAAGGGUUUUUGUCUACUGAAGUUUAGAAAAAGAAAUUUUAGAUGACACAAUGAUGAUGAACUGUCUCAGGAUUAUAGAGUCUAUAAAUCCUACAAGAGAGAAAUUUUAAACUUUCGAACGUUCAUUAUUUGGAAUUUCUGUAUUUCCAAAAAACAUCCGUAAUCAUCCGGACAAAUACUCAAUGAAUCGCAAUACUGUCGAUGUCGAGAUGCAAGCAACGGCUACUAAUUACGACGUAAACAGUCGAAGCUUUGGUUUCUACUGAAAACAUUGAAAACCCGAUGUAAACUAGAAAAUUUCCAUCUUCAUUUUUCUUCAGCGUAAUGUGGUUCCACUACAUGUCUUUAAAUAAUGCACUGUUAGAUGACCUCCAGGAAAAGUAUUUGCCACGUCUCUUCAACCCUGGCGCGAUUCUACAUCACUCGAACAAAAAAAACUUUGGACCAUCAACCAUAGAGUUAGAGAAAAUCUUCUUCCUUCACAUUUCUGAUGGAAACGAUUUUAAUAGCGAAACAAUUCAGGAGGGAAUACGAACAAUUCAAGCAAAAAAAUGCCACCAUGGAAACAAUUCGAAGCUUGGUUGGUGUCCUGAGACCUGGGAUGAAAUUCUUUGUUGGCGAGAAACUGCUCCAGGAGAUUUAGCUAUCGAACAAUGUCCAUAUUAUAUCGCAGGUUUUGAUAUACAGGCGAAUGCAACGAGACAAUGCAUGCCAAAUGGUCACUGGUACUGGAGUGCAGAGACCAAUAGCACCUGGACAAACUACACUCAGUGCUAUCAUAACCAACUUGUCACAGUGUUAAUGGAUCUACCUGGCUCGACAGACAAUGUUACAUUAAUUCAAAAAUAUCUACCUGUUGUGAAAACGAUCUCAAAAGUUGGAUACACUUUGUCCUUUUUCACUCUGGUUAUUGCAUUUUGCAUUUUAGCAGCCAUCAAGUACAGGAAACUGCGAUGUCCAAGGAACAUUCUACACAUGCACCUGUUCGCAUCGUUUAUGUCAAGGUCUUUUAUGGCUCUUCUGAAGGAUAUUCUUUUCGUGUCUGGAAUUGGACUAGCGUCGGAUAUAAUUGUGAAAAAUGGCGAAAGCUACCUGGUAGCUGGACUAGAAACUAAUCUGGAUUGUAAAAUCUUCACGAGCUUUUGGCAGUAUUUCAUCCUAGCGAACUACUCCUGGAUUCUAAUUGAAGGACUAUAUCUUCAUAAUCUAGUGUUUCUUGCACUAUUCACGGAUUCCAAUUCCAGUAUUACUGGGUACAUCGUCCUCGGAUGGGGAAUGCCAGCAAUUUUCGUUUUACUCUGGGUGAUAUUAAAAGCACUCUUUGAAGAUACGUUGUGUUGGACUAUUAAUAAUAAUCAGUACCUCUUUCUAGUCAUUCGAGUGCCAACAAUGCUCUCGAUCCUGAUCAAUUUUGUACUAUUCGUCAAUAUUGUGCGAGUACUACUUUCUAAAUUAAAGUCUACUGUUUCAGAGGAAACUCAGAGAUACAAGAGAUGGGCAAGAAGCACUCUAGUUCUAGUCCCACUUUUUGGAGUGCAUUAUACUGUCUUCUUAGGGAUGUCAUACAGCAUGGGUGUCAAUGAAACUGUAGAGCUCGUAUGGCUUUUCUGUGAUCAGCUCUUUGCCUCUUUUCAAGGCUUCUUCGUGGCUGUCUUAUACUGUUUCCUAAAUGGGGAAGUGCGAGUGGAAGUCUCUAGAAUCGUAAGGAGCAGGAAAUGGCCUCGUCUGGGAAACGGAAGAUGGGGUCCCAGACCUUCUACACAUUCCGGCAGCACGUGCAGCUGCAACGCUACCAAGCUCAACAAAUCGAACAGAUCCACAUGGUGGCACAAGUCUCUUUUCGCUUGUUUUUUUCGUGACCGGGAUUUUCAUCAUAGGUCAACUCACUCGAUGGCGAGUACACAAGAUGUUGGACUUGGGACGCGCGGUGGUAGUUUAACUAGCAGUCGAGGCUACCUGGAGAUCGUUGGAAAUGGACCGUGUUCAGGAACCGGAAAUUACGUUCAAAAUGCAAAUCACGCGUCGCCCUUAUGCAGCAAAUGUACGGACCAGUCGUUGCUCUCGUUUUGCUCAAAUAUGUCGGAAAUGUCUGUUCCUGGGUUGGAAACAGGCGAAAGAGUUCGAGAUCAGCACCGCUGGAGUGAUUCAGAAUGUUGUCAUCUCGCUUAUGAAUUGCACAGUCUUCAUCAUCACCCACAACCCUGAUAUUUAUGGAGGACACGAGAAUCCUUCUGAUAUUUAAUAUUGUAACAAAAUAGAGGGCAUUAAUCGCUGACUGAACUGCAAGCGAAACUGAGAUUUAUAAAGCUUUAGUCCUAAAUGUGUAGUCAGAUUGUUACGCAAAAAGUACACACGAUUCGUCCAAAGCAGAAAGAAAAGUUCUAGAUUAUAUCGAAUGAAUUUUCAUAAUUAUAAAAAAAAACACACAAUUUGAAUUUUACUGUGUGAUGUUACCUCUAAAUAUCAGCAGCUUUCGUAAUUAUUUAUAAAAACGAUUCUGAUUUCCUGAUUCAGAAUUUUUAUCGAGAAAAGGACUUUUCUUCAAGCGUUUUUUUUUUCUCCUUUACUGAAAGGUUUUGCAAUUAAUAUAUCGACAUUGUACAUAGUAUCAUUUUCACCUCAUCGAUUUUUUACAAAAUGCAAAUAUUGCAAACAAAAAAAUUGCAGAAUGAGAAUUGAAGCCGUACCUAAAAAGCUCUCUAUGUACUACCUAUUAAGAUUUGUGGGCUGUAAAUGUUUCCUGUACUGCAAGAACCACAGUAAGUACAUAUUGUAUAUGAAAAUAAAGAGAAUUUUAUGUGA